AUGCGUGCUUCUACCAUCUGUUUCAUGCUUGCUGCCACUCUGGCCGAUGCAUCAUUGAUUAAACCGAGUAAUCCCCAGCAAAACCGGGAGCGUGAGUUCCCCGACAGAUGCUAUCCCGACCCUUGCAAAGGCGUCACCUAUCAAAACUCAACUGCUGUCUGCGGUGACCCCCGAUUGGGCCCCAAAGUCUUCCCCAAAGACUUCCCUCUCGCCAACGAACUUCAAACCUACUCCAGAAUUGGUGAUCUCUGUCCCUACGAGUUCCUAGAGAAAUGGACCGUCAAUGCAUCCAACCCCCAAGCCUACUGGAUCUAUCCCGAUGACAGCGGCUUUACCAUCAACACCGAGGAUCUUCCUAUCCAGGGCAACAUGACCCUUCCAGUUGGCCAAAAGCUCGACCGGUUCGGAUCUGAAUACGGAACCUUCAUGGCGCCCCUGGGUGCGCCCUACAUUGAGCGAUCUCUGCCUCCAUCCAACUUGUUUGCACCGGAGAACAGCAGCUUCCCUUACAACUAUCAUGUGUACGAGGUCACCAAGGAGUUUGUCGCUUUAGUGGGCCCCAUCGCGCCUUGGUUUGAGCAGCCUGGAUUCGGAGCGCAGCUUAUGGUUCCGAUGAAGGUGCUUGAUUUGAUUGAUCAGGGCUUCUUAAAGAGAUUGGAGACUGAGGAUUAUGAUGAGGCCGAUGAGUACUCUGCUGAUUAUCUGCCUGAUCCUCCUCAGCCUACUUCGUCUUAG